AUGAGACAGUUUGAUAGAUCAUUCCAUGUGUCGUUAAGCUUACACAAAGCGAUCAAAGUCACCCCUGGACGUAUAAAUCGAAUACUAAAGAAGGAUAUUAAUAUCUCCGAACAGGAUUUAAAAUACGCCAAUGACAAUUAUCCAUUAACAAAAAAACCAAACGAUACACACAAGCAGAAUCAUGUCAAGCGCAAGGUUAAGAGAGGGAUACCUCCUAAGAUUCUUGAGUUAGCUUCUCGAAAAGGAAGCAUAUCAUCAAAUGUUAAGGAUCCUAGUGGAAAGACAAAGAUAAAUAUACUACAACAUGUCAAAAACCUCGAUAAACGAAUGGUAGGUCAUAAGACUAGAAGACCAAAUCAAAUCAUAUGGAGCAAACCAGGAAUAAUAGAUACACAUGGAGAAUUGCAACAAGUCAAGAGUCCAGAGAGUGACAAACUCCCAACAUUAGCACAUGAACUAUCAGAUAUCUUGAAGACUAAUGGUAUUCAAUAUCAUAGGCCUGAAGCUGAUAAUAUCAAAAUAGAUUACUUAGAGAAGUUUAACCAUUUCAACGAAAGUUUCAUUCCACCAUCCAAAGAUUCCAAGCUAUUUGACAUAACUAAAGAGAAGGGUAAGACGUAUUUUUCAUCAACAUCAUCUAUGACCUCCACAUUAUUUACUUUCUACAAGUUAAUUAAUCAUUAUUCCCCAGAUUUUGAUCGAAGAUUUAAAUUCAAAUUCACUAAUUUGAUGACAAACUUACCAACUAGUUUCAUAUUGAGUAGAAAAGCCCCAGAAACAUUUGCCGUUGAAAGUGAUAAAAGUGGUGAUAGAGAAACAUUUUUAAGUAAAUUUGGUCAUAUUUCUGAAGCAUUAUUGACUAACGAGACCAAGGAAAUAGAGAAUUUCAAAAGAAUAUUCGACAAUAAUCUCGAUGCCGAUGCUUCAAAAGGAUUGGUUGAUAAGUACCAGAAGUUUUCAAACCCGGAAAAUGUUUAUAAUAUGGCAAUUUAUGAUAAGUUUUUGAUGAGAUCACAAUUGGAUUGUUUUGAUGUUGACCUUCCUGGAAACGGAACUUUCGAUUUAAAAUCUAGAGCUAUUGGGGAAAUAAGGUAUGACAUAAGUAAUCCUGAUAUCAAAUCCACCACAUACUCUGACAAGUUUUCUCAUAAGGAUGAAUUCAAUGAUUUAAUAAGAACCGGAGGAUUAUUCAAAUAUUCUACCCAAGCAAGAAUUGGUCAAAUGGACGGUAUAUUCAUAAGUUAUCAUAAUCUUCGACAUUAUUUAGGGUUUGAAUAUUUGAAAAUUGAAGAUAUCGAUAAGAUAUAUUUCAAUGACUCUCCCGUAUCAAAUGGCAUCGGAGAUAUUCAGUUUAAGGUUUCGAUAAAGAUAUGGGGGAAAAUAUUGGAUUCCAUCCGAGAAGAUUUGAAUUCAGAUAAUUAUAGAGUACUUUUACAUCAUAAUUUGAAAUUUGGUAUUAUGGAGAUAUUUGCUGUGCCAUUGACCACACAACAAGUUGACCAUCUUCAAGCAAUUUCCAAAAACUCACAAGGAUCUCCUACAAAACAUCAAGAAGAUCUCGUAGCAUUCAAUGAAUCCACAUUAGAUUCUAACGUAUUGAACUAUGAAUUAUCCGUAAAUAGUUAUGAAGGAGGAAAAUUAUUAUCCCCAGGGAUUUUACCCCAAAAUCUUGACAAUUACAGUUUCUCCUAUAAAAUUUCCAGAAAACAGCCAAAUAUUAACCAUUAUAAUAAUUUACUAUACAAUUUUGUUAAGCCAUUACAAAUAUCGGAUAAACGGCCACAACAAUAA